AUGGAUAUGUCAGUAGAUGUUGGAGUUGGGCGUUCCGACCCAGCGACUGCGGCAGCGGCAGCGGCUUCGGUCUCGGCAACGGCAGCCUCGACAGCCGGUGCCAGUAGCGGGUCGCGCAGGCCGACUGAACCUAUUCCGGCCAAAUCGGCCCAGGUAAAGACCGAUAAACCUCGUCCUCACGUGUGUGCCACCUGUACUAGGUCGUUUGCCCGGCUCGAGCAUCUGAAACGCCAUGAACGGUCUCAUACGAAGGAAAAACCUUUUCAGUGCCCGGUUUGCGAGCGGUGUUUUGCCCGUCGUGACCUGCUGUUAAGGCAUAAACAAAAACUGCAUGCAUCUUUUGAACCAGGGAGGUCGAAUAGUACCGGUGGAACUUCGACGGUAGGUGGUGGAAUCGGCGUUGGUGGCCCUCGUGGAGGCACCAAACGCAAAUCUUCUUCCGUCAGUUCUGCUUCGGCAGCGGCAGCAGCUGUAUCAGCAGCAACUGCUCGUGGCUUAGGUGGUAUUAAUUCCAUGGUCGUUAAUUCGUCUCCUUCUUCAGCACCUCGUUCGGCUAGUCUGGGGUUUGAUGCUAACAGCAAUGGCCAUGUUUCUACAGCUCCUUAUUCGAAUUUACUGAAAAGUCAGCUGGGUGGGAUUAAUGGGGGCCGUCCACAUGAUACUUCAGCUUCUGGUAAUGGUACUAGUACGAACAGUAGCAGUAGCGGCUCUGGUAGUGCUGUUAGUAGCACGUCUCCAUUUUCAGCAUUCAAUGGACGACCACGGCCAGCAUCGUUUUCUGCUGCUUCUGCAUCCUCUUAUUCAAAGUAUAAAGACAUUGAAGUGCUCAACAGUCAAAUGUACCCUUCAGCACCUCCAGAAGUUGGGUUUUCGACUCCACAGCUCCUUCCUGCAUCGCUAGGGAACCUCGACAUCCCUCUCGAAGACUUGUUUGAUUCUGAUCCAUUAUUUAUUAACCCCCAGUUGCUGGGCCAAGAGGACAAGAACGACGGUGGUUCUGGCCAACCCGGCCAGUCUGGUCAAGCGCAUGGUCAGACUACUGGCCAGUCUUCUGGUCAGCAAUCUGGCCAAUACGACCCACAACAGCAGCAACAACAACAGCAGCAUCAGCAGCAACAGCAACAGCAGCAACAGCAUACUCCAUCAAUGGGACCAUUAGAUUCGGCGACUGGAGCCAUGUCACAAACACCACAGCAGCAGCAGCAACAGCAGGGACAGAUGCAACUGUCUACACCAACGCAGUCUCAUGGACAAGAUGCUGGAUCUAACCAUCAACCACAGCAAGGACAGGGUCAAAUUCACAACUUUUUACAACAGCAUGCAGCCAACCAAGCAUUCAAUGAGUCUUUAUACACGGCAGAUACGAGGAGCUCGAUUUCGUCAAAUUAUAAACUGGAAGAAGAUCUGAGUCCAAACAGUGUACUGGCCAUGGAACAUGACGAUUUUUCGUGGAUGCCACCUUCAUCGGACAAUUACGGCCGUCCUACACCACAAAGCAUUCUCAAUUCCAGUUCGUUUUCCCCACCUCCAAAUUCGAGCAAUAAUAACUAUCAUUUAUCUGGCAUGAACGUGGCGAAUUCCGAGUCUCCACUUUCAUUAGUAGGUGGUAAUGGACAGGUGAAUCUAAGUCCUAAUGAAGGUAGUGGUCAUAUGAAUAGUGACUUCGACCAUCACAUGUCUCCAGGUAUUCAUGAAGAUAUGCGAGAUCACAAGGCAUUUUCACUUCACAUUGAUGGCAUGGACUUCUGGAACAAUAACAACGGCAUUAAUAACAGUCAAUCCAGUUUCGACGAGAAUACUCUUAAUCUCAAUGGAGGCAACAUUACUGGAAUGGGUAUGCGAGUCAAUCGAGGCCAAGUCAUCACUCCUCAACUGAGACUGCAUAUUCUCGCUACCCUUUCCACACCUACCCCAUUUUCCUCGUCACAAUCGCCACAGUUACCGUCGACUCUCGAACUGCAGAGAUACAUUAAUUCAUACACGGAAAACUUUGGCAAGCAUAUGCCAUUUUUGCAUCACUCUUUAGAGUUUACCCCUGACAAUGUUCCUCUAGCUUUGGGCAUGGCUGCCAUUGGUGCGUUGUAUACCUUCGAGCAUGCCAGCUCGAGCAACAUUUUUGAAAUAUCUAGAAGCUGCAUUCAUGUUUAUUUGGAGAGCAGGAGAGAGAAACGAGGGUCUGGCGAUUCCGAUGGGUUCAAUUCCAACAAAUCUACUCCAAUAUGGCUGGUCCAGGCUCUUGUAUUGGGAAUUAUUUAUGGUCUGUUUAGUGGUGAACCAUUGGCAAAUGAAAUUGCCGUAGCCCAGGCCAACGCUGUUAUUUCGCUUGCAAAGUCUGCUGGUCUUCAUCUUCCACCAUCAAAAUAUAUUCAACAACCGUCACCAGAUUUGGAAAAUGCUCAUAUCGAGGAGAAGUGGAGAUAUUUCAUUGCUGCCCAAGAACGAAUUCGUACCAUGCACGUCGUUCACAUGAUCUCUUGUCUAUUGGCAACAUCGUACAAUGUAGUAUCAUCGUUGAAAAAUGAGGAUAUGAAAUGCGGUUCUCCAUGCGACGAGUCACUAUGGACAUCUACUUCUUCCUCGGAAUGGUGGGAAACGAUAUCCAAAAAGGGCUUGGAAGAUAUCAAUCCUCAGCAAUACUUUGAAGGCCCCAACUUCAACGACUACCUCCAACAAUUACUGCAGAAAAAUACCCUGGUAGGAAAAAUCCCUCAGUUCACCCUGCUAUCAUUAUUAUACGCCGUUCAUUAUGAAAUCUACCAGAGACGACAUACCCAUGACAGCUAUAUCCUUAAUAACCGAGUAACGCCUAGUCAGCAUGAGAUCACAUGGCUGGAAUCUCAAAAGCUCAAUAUAGAGUCCAUAUUACGUGCUUGGGAAACCACUUGGUCUUUAUCGCCAUUAGCAUCGUUAAGUCCUAGCAGCCAAUAUGGUCCUUUAAUGUCGGACGCCAUUCCUCUAUCAUCUCUAGCCCAUGUACGGGUUUAUGUUAAUCUUUCCAAAGUCAAGGAAGCUUUUUGGAAACGCGACUUUAAUGCCAUGAACCAUGAGCUCGAUAAUCUUGCUGUACCGACUUAUUACGAGUCUGUCACUAACGGCUCACCAAGUAGUCCUCAUAAGUUUGAUGGUUUGCUAGAAGCUGCGUCAUAUGCCGCAGAUGCUAUUUCGUUAUGGGAGAAGCAUUCAAUUAAAUGGACUCUCGAAACAACUGCCAGUCAGACCUUUAUUCACACGCUUGUAUCUCUUUUCGACUGUGGUCUGGCGGUUUCCGAGUUUAUUCACCGCCUAGAAAUUAAGCCUCAGCAUGAAUGGAGUGAAGAUGAGACUAUGCUUGUCAAUCGAAUAGGUAAAAUCUUUUAUCGAGUGUUGGAUGUUGUGGGUCAUGAUUCACUAGAUCCCAAUGAUACAUGGGCUCGUCCAUUAAAUGAAGAUGGAACUCUCACCCGUCCUGGCAAACUCAGUGUUCUCACCUUAUUAAUAGUUGCCAAAAUGCUUUGUAAAGCAUACAUCUGGCCUUUUGCCUUGGUAAUGGGCGAUGCUCUUCAAUUCCGAAGCCGUCACUUGAGUGCAUUUGCCUAA